AUGGGGGAUGUUGCAGAUAAAUUGGCAUAUUUUCAAGCCAUCACAGGAAUCGAAGACCCCGAUUUGUGUACGGAAAUUCUCUCCGCCCAUGGAUGGGACCUCGAGCAAGCCAUUUCUUCUAUCACCUCCACCGACAACUAUCGACCCACCGCCGCGUCCGGGUCCGCCACCGCAAAUACAAAUCCAGAAACUGAAGACACUGGAUUAGUUCUGGCGGCGAACGGCAAUAAUCAACCCCCCGGCGUUGUCUGGAAAUUGGUAAAGCUCCCGUUUUCUAUGAUUUCGGGAACUCUAGGGCUGAUUUCUGGUGCAGUUGGGCUCGGUAUAUGGGCGGCGAGUGGAGUCUUGUCGUACUCGCUUAGUAUGAUCGGGCUCAAUAAUUCGGGCCGGGCUGGUACUACUCCGUUGACUCAGUCCACGUCAGAGGCUGUGGAUUUUGUGUCGAGUUUUGAGAGGGAUUAUGGGAGGUUGAGACCGAAUUUUGUGGCUGAGGGUUUCAUGGACGCGUUGCAGAGGUCUAGGCAUGAGUACAAGCUUUUGUUUGUUUACUUGCACUCGCCAGAGCAUCCUGACACACCUGCAUUCUGUGGAAGGACUUUGUGUGAUGAGACAUUGGCAGCGUUUGUCAAUGAGAAUUUUGUGGCCUGGGGUGGAAGCGUUAAGGCCAGUGAAGGAUUUAAGAUGAGUAAUAGCUUGAAAGCUUCCAGGUUCCCCUUCUGUGCAGUGGUUAUGACUGCCACAAACCAGAGGAUUGCCCUGCUACAACAGGUUGAGGGGUCAAAAUCUCCUGAAGAACUGCUCACUAUACUGCAGAGAGUGCUUGAAGAAAGUGCUCCUGUUCUUGUUUCAUCCAGGCUUGAAGCAGAAGAAAGAAGAAACAACAUGCGUUUGAGGGAGGAGCAGGAUGCUGCCUACCGAGCAGCACUUGAAGCUGAUCAAGCUAGAGAACGUCAGAGAAAAGAAGAACAAGAACGGUUGGAACGUGAAGCUGUUGAAGCUGAGAGGAAAAGGAAAGAGGAGGAAGAGGCUCGGGAAAGAGCUUCACGUGAAGCUGCUGAGAAAAAAGCUGCAAUAGCUAAGAUGCGUGAAGAGAAAGCUGCAUCUCUAGGUGCAGAACCUGAGAAAGGACCGGAUGUUACUCAAGUUUUGGUCCGUUUUCCAAAUGGAGAGCGCAAGGAGAGAAGGUUUCAUUCUACUGCAACAAUACAAACACUAUAUGACUAUGUUGAUUCUUUGGGUUGCUUAGAAGUUGAGAGUUACAGCCUCGUAUCCAACUUUCCUCGCACUGUCUAUGGCCCUGACAAAUUUUCUUCGUCCCUAAAGGAGGCAAAAUUACAUCCUCAGGCCAGCCUUUUCGUGGAGUCAAAUUCGUGA